AGUAGUAAAUCUAUAAUAAUCACUAUUUGAUCAUUAGAUAUUUCUUUCGAAGAGAACUAUAGACACAAAUAAUAUCGAGUUCGAUAAUUACAAAUGAUAGGAUUGGUCUAGCAGGUUUUACUUAUAGCCGCUACUAUUAUCGACCGGGGUAUCACAUGUCGGAGCUGCCUAAACCCUCCGCCGUCAAGAAUUGACACUUUUGAUAUGAAGCAGAAGAGCCGAUGAUUUGCAUUCACUUGACCUAUUGCACUGACCUUGAUUCUGCUCGGUCGGGGACGUGCCGCAGAUGACCAUUUUCGUCUCGUAUCUGCUCCGUGAUUCUACGCUCUCUGGAAAGAUCGAAAUCCUACAUUGACUGCGUACAGUCUUGUUUCUGGCACUUUCACCUGUGUUCUCGAUCGCCUAAUGUCUCGGCAUGCCUAGAUAUGGGAUCAGCAGCCAGAUCGAUGCCGGUGCCGCAGGCGGCCUUAAGCCUGGCUGCAAGGAAAGUGCGAUGAUCCAGGUUGAUCGAACGAGUGGCGAUGGGCCUGCAAGCCCCGGCACGACGUUGCUUCCCCGACCGGUGGCUUCUCUCGUCUCGUUUGUGACGCAGUCGACUUCCUUGUCGCUUCGUGUCUGGUCUUUUUUCGGCGGUGUGGCCAUCAACAGCGCAAAAGUCACCACGCUCACUGGCUUAGAGCUCAGCAGAGCGGUCAUCGAGGGAAUUCUAACGCGAGCGGGACGUGAUGUUGCCCUACGGAAUACUGGUGAAGAUGGGCGGCUUGAAGCAGAGACACUCCUCGAACGAAGUUUGGCAGUGUUGCAUACAACCGUCAACUCUGCAUCAUUCGUUGCUGCUGCGACCUUUAAUUUUUCGUCAACCACGCUGUCAUCCGCUUCUCACCUGUCCCAGGUUCUUCUAUCAACUCUAGAUGCUAUCCUAGGCUCAACCGAGUCUUCUAGGGCCAUUGCAGCCAUUAUAACCCUCAUUCGAAGAGAAUUCCGAGCUUCUAAUAUUGGUGAUAAUGCAGAAAAUGUUGGCGUUGGGGACCUCCUUGUUGGCACAGUCGGAUUCGCCAUGCUGCAACGCUGGGGCAGGAAAAACACAGAGCAACUCAUGCAGAAGAACGGCGGGCAUGAGACAGUCUGGGAUGUAGUCAUUCUUGAUAACGGCGUAAGAGCCGAUGUUGUUGGUGCUUAUCACACAGAUCAUUCCAAAGGCUCUGACGAGAUCGGAAGGAACGAACUCAAACGUGCGACCUCAUUCAUUUCGCCGGGAGACGAUGAAGAAGCAUUCGAUGCAGUGGAACGUGGAGCAACAGUUGCAACUGACCCUUCGCUCGCUCCUCAUCUGACACUGCCGCCGGAACGUCAACAUCAAAUUUCAGAGGAAGAAAUUCGUUCUUAUAUCCUAAAACAGCUCCCAGCAGGCUGCCAUGCCUCGAUCACCACUGAGCUUGUUACUGCUCGCACUAUCACGGUUGAUAUUUUUGAUGAUGACACGGCUGAGAUCGUCGCACCGCCUGGCACCAUGAUGAUCGAGGAACGGUUCCAUCAUGAUCAAGAUAAUGCAAAUAAUGCCAUCCUGGAGCCUCGACCUUUCCUCCCAAAACACAGCAUCGUGUUCAGAACUGCAUUUAACAAGCUACAAAGCGCAGAAGUAAGGCCUGAAGUGGAGAGUGCCGGCUUUGCCACUGGUGGUUUGGAUUUCGAGGACCAGCCAGGGAAUGCCGCAACCUCUGUUGGCAUUAGGGGAAGGCUUUCCAAAGUGGACCAAGGCGGUCCGGAAGCAACUAAGAGUCCAUUCGGAAAAGGACUUCCUGUGAAGGUUGCUCAUAAGGUGAAACCUGGCAAUACGGACAGAAGCGAGACGGGGAAGAAGCCCUCUCCCAAGAGGCCAUCGGUUAAGCCCGUGAUUUCUUCGUCGACUGGGAGUCCCAUCAGCUCUGGCAAGUCACCCAGGGCACCUGCAUCCGAAGGGCAAGCUGUGUCGCGGAGACCGACUACCAAACCUAAUUCAAAGGCAAAGCGAAGUGAAUCGGCACAGUGCCUGAAUGAAGGUGCUUCGUCUCCAGCUGCAAAGCGCUCGCCUUUACAUGCAUCUUCGGCACCAGCGAUCCAUUUGACUCCCUCAAAAAGUAGUAGCUCGCGUCCAAAAUCUAGUUCAGGAAGAUUCUCAAUCCACGAAAGAAACAGUGAAUCUUAUAUUUCACAAACAGAUUCCUAUUCUUUUCGGUCAGCGGAUAUGCGUCCGGGAUCUCCGUCGGCUACCAGAACCCACCGCAGCAGCAGUUCCAUGUCGGUCACAACGUCUGAAGCUGAUGGAAACAUAUCUCUCGAUGGUUGCAGACGCUCUAACUCCUCGUUACUGAACCACCAUUCCACCUUAUUCUCACCAAGCAUCUAUUCUGUUGCCACAGGGGGGUCCGAAACAUCCCUCAUACUCGCGCAACGCCCACGUAAAAGUGCAUACGAGGAUAUUGCAACUAUCCAGGCACUGAAUCGCAAUGGUCUCAUACCUGGGAUCUUUCCUGAACAGCAUUUCGUACAGAACAUCCGUCGGUUCUGCAGGUUCUCAUCAGCUUCAUAUGGCUCCAAUGCCUUGAAGGUCAUGGGCAUCCGUCAAACCGAGAAAACGCUGCGAUUUGAGGAUCCAGAUACAUAUGGGCACAGUGAAUUUUCAGAUCACGCAGGACUUCCACCAUCGACUAUCCUCCUCUCUUCUUAUGUUGAUCCUGCUGGGGGUAGUAACGCUGCAGGAGAGACUGACUCGGGAUUCCCAUUGGUCCACUAUCUCUGCAUAGAUCAUCAAUCCAAAGCCAUUGUUCUGACCUUACGAGGUACCUGGGGCUUUGAGGACGUUCUGACAGAUAUGACUUGCGACUAUGAUGACCUUGAAUGGCAGGGGAAGAAUUGGAAGGUGCACAAGGGGAUGCAUGCUUCCGCCCGACGCCUCUUGGAGGGCGGCGGAGGGAGGGUCAUGGUGACCCUCAGGGCUGCGUUGGAGGAAUUUACAGAUUAUGGAGUCAUAUUAUGUGGUCAUUCGCUUGGUGGUGGUGUCGCUGCACUCCUCGCAACUAUGAUAUCAGAGCCUAGUACGGAAGCAACGGGCCCGUCAUUCGUCACUGCAUCUUUCAGAUCGCAAUCGCAUUCUCCGCAAUCGUCAACAAGAAGUGAUGGCCUGCAUACACAAAAUGUUCAUUACUUCCUCCCUUCUGGCCGUCCUAUCCACGUCUAUGCAUACGGACCUCCUGCCGCCAUGUCUCCUUUUCUCCGGCGUGUGACACGUGGUUUAGUAACCACCAUUGUCAACGGACAGGAUGUUGUCCCAAGUCUUUCUCUAGGUAUCUUGCACGACAUGCAUACUGCCUCCUUGGCCUUCAAGAGCGAUAUUUCAGGUGCCCGGUCUCAUGUGCGCCAUCGAGCUUGGGAGGCAUUACGACAGAGUAUCGUCAACAAGUUUUACGUCAAUCAGACGCCUGUCCUAGUGCAUGCGGGUGACGGUAUUGGAGAAGACACUUGGGCUUGGAAAGCUCUUACACUCCUUCGAGAUGACAUGCGUGCACCGAAGCUUGUACCUCCCGGUGAAGUAUUCGUGGUUGACACAAUGCGUGUCUUACAACGUGAUGCCUUCACAUCCAACGCGAGCAGUGACAACUACCCUCGACUAGGACGACCUGCGACACGAGCACAACUCAAGUUCAUAAGGGAUGUUGAAACUUGGUUUGGGGAGCUCAGAUUUGGCUCGGGGAUGUUGAGCGAUCACAACCCAGCCAGGUACGAAGCGAGCAUCGCGGCUCUUGCCCAAGGUGUCUUGGAUGAUUGAAAUAUGAACGCGAUAUACAAUUGCAGCUCGCAAGUAAUCUCCCGAUGAGAUCUCCUUUUUUGUACUCGU